GGUCAUCUACUUCACUGCCACAAAUACACAAAGCUCGUAAUCUCUUUUCUAAACGGUGCUUUCGUUUCUCUUCUGUACCAAUCUAUAUGGUUGGGACAUAGAAAUGGCAAUUUCUCUGAGUUCUGUUGGCUUCAACUCAACGGUAAGAGGAAGAGGUAGGAUAAUGGGGAAGGGUGCUUCAACCACUUGACCUCUUGCUUCAAGCUCUCUAACAAGUCUGAACCAUAAAUUAUGAGGGGAAUGUUGUCACUGCAAGCUUAUAUGCAAUUCAUAUUUGUAGAUUUUUCAGCCAUAUAUCAGCAUGUAUCAAGGUCUCCUGUCAGAGCUUCAUCACCUAAGGCAACCCGACUCAUUUCCUCCUCGGGAAUUAUUAGUUCAAUUUUUCAUAUAAAGAGAAGUGGAAGGAGUAUGUGUAUUUCAGUUGCAGACAGUGAUAAUCUUGCUACAGACACCAGUGAUAAGGGUCCUGAUAGUACUGAAAGUUCGAUCUCUUAUGAUCAGCUUUCAUCGGUCGAUUCCCCUGGAGGAACUAGCCAGCUCCAAACAAGAGUUGAUAAUGAGUCAGGACCUCAAACCUCUGGAGUUUCUAAUGGUUCCACAGUUUCGUCAGAUGUGAAGCAAGAGAGAGGACCUAACUCCCAAUCUACAGCCAAAAGGUCACCUCUAACAGCAAGAGAGAGACUAAGAGCCGCCAGGGUUCUUAGCCGAUAUACGGAAACAAAGGCAUCGAAAUCAGAAAUGGGAAGCAAAAUUCUGGAUGCUCUGAAGGAAAGUGACAAGGGAAAGAAGAGAUCUGGCCUUCCAGAAGCUCCUACAAACUUGUUUGAUGACAGUGACAGAGGAAUGCCAAAGGAGGGCUGGACUUUUGAGUUUCCAGGAGGUUCUGAUCUCUUUGUCAUAGCUUUUUCAUUUGUUUUCAUCAGUACAGUUAUGUUUGCAACAACUUACAUUGUCUGGAAAGUUGGUGCAAUCCAUUUCAAUGAGUACUAAGGUGGAGUUUUAAUGGGAUUUUGCUUGUUUGGAUGAGCUGCCUUCUUGGUUAUCCAGUUAAAGUUCAUACUGUUUGAUGUCAGGUACAUGGGCUACGACUUUAAAGCUAUUUUUAGAAAAGAUGCAUGCAUGUAUGUACAAUUAUUGUCUGGCCCACAUUUAUAUUUAUAUAUAUAAAUAAUAUAAAUGUUUACUGCUGGGCUAAGCCCGUGAAUUCUAAAUA